GGAAAUAUUUCAGGCGGGCGGGGUUUAGUUGCGCGCGCAGGAAGACGGCGGUCGUCGUGUGAGUAUCGUAGUUGCCGCGAAGGAAAGGAAAGUCAAGACCGGAGAAAGAAGAAUAAGACGGUGGCCGCGGAGAAGAAGGGAGCCGCCGCCGCCGCCCUCCUAUCGUGCCGCUGUCGCCGCCCCUGCCGCUGCUCUAACUCGCCAUGUCGCUUCGUCAGCGGAGCCCUCUCGGCGGCCGCGCUCACAACAGACCACCAGCUUGCUGGACUCAGGGAAGGAAGCGUGGUGCAGAUGGUAAACACAGAAACACACAAGAUCCAAGUUUGCCCACUUUUGAUGAUAAAAAUACAUGCAAUCGGUUAGACAGUAGGCCAGAUAGUUUUACAACACCAGAAGGCCAUAAACCUCGUUCAAAGUGUUCAGAUUGGGGGAGUGCAGUUGAAGAAGAUGAAAUGAGGACUAAUGUUAAUAAAGAAAUGGCAAGAUACAAAAGGAAACUCUUGAUAAACGAAUUUGGAAGGGAAAGAAAGCUGUCUUCUGGAAGUUCAGACUCCAAGGAAUCCACAGCAGCUGUGGAACUUGAGACAGAUGAGGCCGUUCUAAUGAGACGACAGAAGCAAAUAAAUUAUGGGAAGAACACACUGGCAUACGACAGAUAUAUUCGAGAAGUUCCAAGGUGUUUACGUGUUCCAGGGGUCCAUCCAAGGACUCCCAAUAAAUUUAAAAAGUAUAGCCGGAGAUCUUGGGAUCAGCAAAUUAGACUAUGGAAAGUUGCCUUGCACUUUUGGGACCCUCCAGCUGAAGAAGGCGGUGACACACAAGUACUUAGUCCUGUUGAUCUUGGCGACAUGGAAACGGAAUCUGUAGGAAGUAAUUCUGCUGGGUCACUAACAAGCUCUCAGGAUAAUGAUGAAAACUGUACUGGCACACCCACCAAAGUGAGAAGUGUUGACCACCAGGCAGAAGAUGAAUUUGAGCUGAAGGCAUAUUAGAUCAUAACACUUAGGCUUCAUGUAUUCUGCAGGCUGCUUUUCAAGCAGAGGAUGUCUUCAUCAGAUAGUCUCAACUGAAAACAAACCUCAGAUUUUCCUGAACAAUCUGGACACCUCAAGUAUUGCAGCUGUGAAAUCACAAUCAGUGUUUAUCUCUUAAAGCAUAAAACUUGAGCUAUAUGUAAUGGGUGACUACCUAAUUUAUAUAUAUAUAUAUAUAUAUAUGUAUAGCCGGUGGUUUUAUAAGCAGGUUAGUUAUAGUUCAGAGGACACAACCAGGCAUAGGCAAUGUUGCCCCACUUCAAGCUGCUUGGAAACAUGGAAUAAUAGUAGGGAAUCUGCAGUGUAAGUGUUCAGUUGUACUCCUGCCCUGUAAAUAACAAUAGGCAGCAGUAGUUCUCCAUGCUGUCCUGCUAAGUAUGAUGUAAAUCUUAUUACAAGGGACCACUUUUUGACAGCAUGAGACUAUGCUUAGGAUCCAGAAUAAGUAGGUCAUGACUGUUGAAGACAAGUUAGUCAGAUCUAACUUCAGUCACAUUAACUUCAGUGGGACUUUGUCACUAACUUAGUGACUUAGUGACCUUAGAUCCUGCCCAUUGGCAUUUUAUAUCCCUUGAGCCUGUAUCUUCUACAGAUAUUUCCAAGCACCCUGUGGUAAAAGUGAGUAUGAACAGUUUUUUUGCUUUGAGAUAUAUAAAGGACUGUGUCCCAGUUUUCAGGCUCACUUUGUGGUUGCAGCUCUCAAAAUUGUAAUCUAAAUUCAUGCUUGUAAAUAGUUGCAUGCAAAGUUUCACUAACUUUGAAACAAGGGUUAAUGAACAGAACCUUGGAAAAUGUUCAGUUUUUAAAAUUCAUUCUUAAUGUAAAACUACAGAAUUUGUACUAAAAUAUGCAGUUUCUGUUUUUGUAGAGAACAAGGUAUAAAUAAAGUGAGUAUAAAUUUGUA